AUGGGAGGAUUCUUGAGCUCGGGCCAGCCAGCCCGCAACCCAACCGACGAUGUGUUUCCAGUCUACGAACUGGAUAGCUAUAAUGAGGUGACCCGUAUGGUGGCCUGGACCAUGCUCCGGUUCGACGAGGUCCUAGACCCCCUGAUGCUCCGGGACUCACUGGCUCGCCUUGCGACGAUUGGUGACUGGCGCAAGCUAGGUUCCAGAGUUCGCAAGAAUGCCGCGGGGAAGCUCGAGUACCACAUACCGAAGCAGUUCACCGAGGAGAGGCCCGCGAUCGGCUUCACGCACCAAGCGCACGGCGUCCGGGUCGACGACCAUGACCUGGGCCGCAAGCUGCCGCGGGCCACGCCGGGCAAGGCGUCGGUGCAGGCGGGCUCCGUCGCCUUCGAGAGCUUCGUGCCGCCGCCCGAGGCCCCUGGGACGCUCAAGGACUACACGCGCUCGGGCGCGCCGCUGCUCUGGUUGCACGUUGUGACCUUUGCCGACGCCACGCUCGUCACGCUCGGCUGGCCGCACAUGGCCAUGGACGGCGUGGCCCUGAGCCAGGUGCUGCAGGCCUGGGCCAUCGUGCUGGCCGGCGGCGACGAGUUCGUGCCCCCGAUGCUCUCGCUGCGCCACGAUAUCAUGGGCACCCCGACGGCCAGGGACGGGCCGGCGGCCGAGAUACCCAAGGAGUUCUUCAUGGCCGGGCGCAUGGUGACGAACGUCUUCCUGAGCUUCCUGUGCAUCGUGUACAUGGUGGUGAGCAUCAUGCUCGGCGACAGGAUGGAGCCGCACAUGGUGUGGGUGCCCAAGUCCACGCUCGCCAAGCUCAAGCAGGAGGCGCUGGCUGGACUGGAAGCGCACGACAACGGAACAGCUCCAGCUUCGUCGACGGGAACGGCCCAGUCGGGCUCAUCUUCCAACAAAGAAACAGCGGGCAAGGGCAGUGUUGACGCGAAGCUGUUCCCGGGCGGCAUCGUGGCCGACCAGGUGACGGGCAAGCCGUUCAUCAGCGAGAACGACGCCCUGGUGGCCUUCUUCACGCGGGCGGCCAUGUGUGGGCGGCCAAAGAGCUCGCGGCGGCCCGUCAACGUAUACUCCGUCGUCGACGUGCGCAACAGGAUCCCCACCGUUAACGCGAGCAUCCCUGGCGCCGAGGCGAGCGUCUUCAUGACCAACGUGGUCCUGAGCGGCGACCACGGCGGCCGCAAAAACACGUCCCCCUCGCCGUCUUCGUCGGCAUCCUCAUCAACCAAGCCGCCGGCGUCUUCUCUCGGGGUCAUUGCCGCCUCGGUCCGCUCCCACGUAGCGGCUGGCACGACGGAACCGCAGCUGAGGGCGUGGGGGCUGCUGAUGGUCAAGGCUGUAUGGGACCGGCUGCCGGCGACGGCGGUCAUGGCCGGGGCCCCGCGGGUAACGUCAAUCAUGUUUAGCAGUCUCGACGUCGGCACCAUGUACGACUCGAACAUGUUCGAGCCGGCGGUUGUGGAAAAGAGCGAGCGGCUAGAGAAUGGCAACGAGGACAAGAAGGCUAGGGACGGCCGGUAG